CCCUCCACCAUGACAUGGCGAAAAUGGCGGCCGGAGGAGUAGCGCCCUUGACAAACACUUGCGAGUCUUCAUCCUCCUCGUCCUCAUCAGCAUCCUCGUUCCUCUCAGUCUCUCUCCCCCCUUGCGGCUGCACUUGACCAGAAGACUGCUGACACGGUUUCUGGGGUUCGACUAGUGCCUGGCUUGCACUGCCCAGCUCGUUGCUCUCCUUGCCACUUUUCAACCAACAUUGAAGCCCUGCUGUCGAACAAACUCUUCCAACCAUGAGGAAGAUUCAGUUUCUCCAUCUCAUGCUCUUCCUGCUCUUGUUAGCAUCUGUGUCAGUUCUAUGUAAAACCGAAGCGGGAAAGGAGGAGAAGAAGAAAUCGGAAGAAGCCUCGAAGAAAAAGGAAGAGACGGCCAACACCAAGAUCGAGUGCGACUUCGUGGAGAAGUUGGAUCACUACGAAAGGCUGGGUGUGUCAAGGGAUGCAAACGAUAAGGAGAUCAAGCGAGCGUACAGAAAGCUCAGCUUGAAGUACCACCCCGACAAGAACACCGGACCGAACAAGGAUUGCGCACAAAAGCACUUCAUCGCAACAGCCAAGGCCUACGAGAUUCUCAGCGAUGAGCAGAAGAGGAAGCAGUAUGAUACCUUCGGCGACAUGGAAAACAUGGAGAGCGGUCAGGCAGGCUUCGAGGGCUUUGAGGGCUUUGACCCCUUCAACGUCUUCCAGCAGUUCUUCAACAGGCAGGCGUCGGGCACGAGAGGAGGGUCCUUUCAUGCAAGCUCCGGCCCUCAACACCAGCAGUUCUUCUUCUUCGACGAGGGUCCCAACGACUUUGACAUGGCCGACUGCAUCAACUACUGCAUCCUGCAGUACCGUCAGGCUGGGUAUGUCGGCGACCUGGAGGCUCAAUGUCAGCAUGAGUGCAUGGUUCCCUUGCAGGGACAGGGCCCGGUCUUCGACGGUUUCCAGCAAAUGUUCCAAGAAGAUCCAUU